AUUUAAAACCUGGUUUACAAACGAGCCAAAACUUAAAUGCCUUCUAGGGUUUAUAAGUUUAUAAUCAACAAUUCUAAUAUUUUCUCUGAUCAUUUCUGCGUUGCAUCUCCGUGUUCAACAUGGAAAAUAAACACAAUUCAUCUCUCGAAGGCAGCGUGUUAUCAGCCGAGCAACGGUCUCGAAUUUCGCAAAAUUACAGAGCUGCUAAGGCCAUUCUUGAUCGGAAACGACGCCGUGAUUCCGAUCAGCUUUUGCUUAAAAAACAUGUUGCCAAAGAGAUUGAUUGUUGUCCGGCUUCGGUUCCGGUUCCGGUGAAUAAGAGGGUUCCUCUUUCGGACAUUUCGUCCAACAAUUUAAACCCGAGUUUUUGGGAGAGUGCUAAGUUAUUGGAUAGUGAGUGUAUUGGAGAUGGUUUGGGGAAUACGAUUGGGAAAAGUGUUGGUGGAAAUGAAGUAAAUGUUCCCUUAAAGCAAGGGAGUGGUUGGGAUACGUUUAGAACCUCGGUUAAACCUGUAAUUGGCAAUGGAAUUGAAUUGAGUGGGGGUAUCGGGGGUAAUUUAACGAAAGAGGUUGUUUGUGCUGAGUUUGGAAAGGGGGUUGGUUCGUAUCAAAGCACAACUCAGAGGCCUGAUUUUAACCGGAGUUUGUGUUCUGGGAACAUGACUACUAGUAGGGUUGGAUUAGGUGAUCGUGCCCCAGUUAAUUUGAGUGUGGGGAAAAUGAUUAAGGUGGACGAGAACGGAAAGACUGGUGAUCCUUUCAAAACCCCGACUAGACAAGUAAAAUGUAAUGGAAGUUCAUUUUCUGCUGGUGUAGGUGGAAAUGUAAGUGGAUUAAGUAACGGUGUCUCAGCUGAAAAUAAACCGGUUGCGGAUAUACGUAAAAGACCAAGCACACAGCAUGAUAUCAUCAAAUCCAGUGAGGGUAGCUCUAUUGGUCCGUUAAGUACAGUGACUGUGAGCGAUGGUUCCAGGAUGAACUCUUACAUUACUCCUGUGAGACAAGUGGGGUAUCCUUGUUUGAGGGAGUCAUUUGGCUUCUUGGACGAAGAAUUUGAUGAGUCUAUCUUACAACAAAUUGAUGCUUUAUGUGAGAAUAGGCCAAGAGUGAUAUCUUGUACAGAUGAGAUGGUUGGCAAUGUGCAAAUGAAUGGGCAGUGUGCAGAAAUUGAUGACGGGGACUGUAAAACCAAUGUCGGCUCAAUUGGUAUGGUGGAAAGUCUAAAAUCUGGAGAGCUUUUGGAUUGCACUGAUGUUCUGGAUUGUGUAGAAGACGGGUCUAAAGUAUCUGAAACUUCAAAAACUAGCAGCAUGCCCGAGGCAUAUGCAAAGUAUAUACAGUCUUUAAAUGACAAGCAAAGGGAAGCAGCCUGUAGUGACAUUUCAACACCUCUAGUCAUUGUUGCCGGACCAGGAAGCGGUAAGACUUCAACAAUGGUUGGGCGUGUCCUUAUGCUGCUUAAUGAGGGCAUUAGUCCUUCCAACAUACUAGCCAUGACAUUUACUACGGCUGCUGCCUCUGAAAUGAGAGAUCGUAUAGGAGCAGUGGCUGGAAAGGAAGUAUCUAAGGAGUUGAUGAUCAGCACAUUCCACUCAUUUUCUUUGCAAUUAUGUCGUUCACAAGCUGAAAAGUUAGAACGUACCCCUGAAUUCUUGAUCUAUGGGCAAGGGCAACAAAGAAGAGCUAUCAUAGAGGCUAUUCGCCUGUUGGACAAUGGAAAUAAUGGGAAAGAUGGUGAAAAUAUGUGCAAACUAGGUAAAGAGUCUAAUGACAUAAAUUCUCCCCAGUUCUCUAAAGAUAAGGCCAAAAAAUGGCUGAAAUUUGUGACUCAGGCUAAAGCUUCAGGAAAGAAUUCACAGGACUUUCAGAAGUUGGGGAAUGAGAUAGGAGCUGCAAUUCUUCAAAACUACAGCAACAUUUUAAAAUCUUGUAAUGCCCUGGAUUACCAUGAUCUGAUCACUUGUUCAGUGAAGUUACUAACUGAUUUUCCUGAAGUGCUGAAGGAGUGCCAGGAAUCUUGGAAAGCAAUUGUUAUUGAUGAGUUUCAGGACACUAGUGCCAUGCAAUAUAGUUUGCUACGAACUCUUGCAUCCCAUAACAGAAUAACUAUUGUGGGCGAUGAAGAUCAGUCCAUUUUUAGCUUCAAUGGUGCAAACGCUUUUGGAUUCAAUUCAUUCCGUAAAGAUUUUCCAAUGUACAAAGAGAUAAGAUUAGAUAAAAACUAUCGUUCAACUCGCUGCAUCAUUGAAGCUGCAUCUUUCCUAAUACGAAAUAAUGCAAAGCGUAGCCAAACAAAACGUGUACUUACAGAUAAUUCUUCUGGAUCUAAGAUCACUGUCAAGGAAUGCUGUAACGAGGAUGCACAAUGUGCAUUUGUUGUGGAUAAGAUCUUAGAAAAUACUUCUGAUGGCACAUCUAAUAAUUCCUUUGGAAAUGUAGCUGUUCUCUACCGGAGGCAGGUGUCAGGAAAAAUCUUCCAGAAAGCCUUCCGAGAUAGAAACAUUCCGUUUAACAUCCAUGGUGUGGCUUUCUACAGAAAAAAGGUAGUUAAAUCAAUUAUGUCCAUGCUUAAUACAACCUUACCUGGCUGUGAUGAUGAUUCAUUUCGUCGGGUAUUUAAGGCAUUGCUACCUUUCGAGAAAGAGGAGAAGAAAAAGGUAAUUGAACACAUUGACAAAAUUUCAACUGUAAGGAGAUGCACCUUCAUAUCUGCUGCUCGUGACAUAUUUAGUGCAAAGAUCUCUGGUACCUUCAAGAGGAGUCAGCUUACCCAAGGUCGCAAAGUGUUGCUCACUUUAGACAUGAUAUUGAAACUUGUUAAUCGGGAACAGUCAAUUUCAGCUGUAAUCAGUUCGGUGGCAAACAUGAUACCUCAGAAAUACCUUCUUGAACAAAGGGCAGUAAUAGAUGUUGAUGGAGGAAAGUUGUUGAAUGAAGACAAUGACCUUAGAUCGGUGCUCCACUACCUAUUAGAUGAUGUCUCUGAAUAUCUUAAAUUGGAGAAGAGUGCAACUGAAAGGACAAAAAAUGCAGCAGAAGAGAAAGGGUGCAUAGAUCUACUAAAGGGUUUUAUUGAUUAUAUAUCUGUCCGAGAAAGAGAGAAUUUUCGUUCUAGGAGACAUGAAAAUGAACAUUCUGUCACCCUUACCACCAUCCAUCAGUCUAAAGGCUUGGAGUGGGACACUGUCUUUAUAGUGAAGGCAAAUGAGUCUGAGAUCCCGCUGUUGCACGAAAGUAAUGGUGUUACACAUGGAUCUGCUUUAUCUCUCGAGGAAGAAAGGCGUUUGCUGUAUGUAGCCAUGACUCGUGCAAAGAAAAAACUUUUCAUUCUUUAUGUCCUUAUGGAUUCCAGUUGGCAGGUCCUUCAACCUUCACGGUUUCUAAAGGAAAUCCCUAAGCACCUCCAAGAGGGCGAGGAUGAGGAAAUCCUAAACAAUCAACAGACUUUUUGUGGGGAUCUCCCAGUAGAGACUCUCGAUUACGUGAACAAUGGGAUACCAGUUAAAAGUGAAUCUACUGAGACAGAUAUGAUGCCUGAUGAAUCUAAUAGUAUUUCAGUAAAUGAGGCCUCCGAAGAUUCAAUGGAACUAAUUCAGGCAUGCAAUGGAAACAGUUUUAUAAGAAGAUUUAGUACAGAGGAUCGAAGUGUUGUUUCCCACCUGUUCCAUCAAUGGGCCAAGAAGGCAGCAUUUCAGGAACCAAAAAGGUUACUUGACAAGGUCGGUUUUGUGAUUGAUGAGCGCCUGAGAAUUAGAAAGAGUACACACAAGGAUGUAUUGCGUGAACUGAAGUCCUGUUUGAGCACUGAUGAGGCCUUUCAAUAUGCAGAAUAUGUUCUACAGUGGGAACGAAUUCCUGCUGACCAGCGUGCUUACAUAAUGAAGGAGAAGCAGGAACACUUUCUGAAGCAAAGGAUUGAAAAUGCAAUGGGUUCAUCAGAACCUACUCCUAAACAGAUUGGUUACUUGCGGAGUCUAGGAUGUACCAUUGUUCCAACAUCUCGUCUUCACGCUUCUCGUUUGAUUGAACAGUACAAAGCAUUGUGAAUAAAAUUAUACCUUGCGACAUUGUUUAUACUUUAUAUUGUUGAGCAUCUAUAUAUAAAGCAAUCAGUUAGGAUAA